ACCUUAUCCGCCGCCGCUCGCACCCUCUCGCUCUGCCCGCUCCCUCUCCCUCUCCGGCGCCGCCACCGAGCGCCGCCGCCUCUGCCACCCCUCGCGCCGCCACCUCCGCCUCCCCCUUACGCCGUCCCCGUUGUCGGGCGCCGCCGCAAUAUCUCCCUCUAUCGUUCGCCUCCCUCUUCUUGUGUUGUGGUGGUGCGGUGCGACUUGCGAGUGAGCUGCAUAUACCCUACGAAUCGAAUCGAAUUCGAAGCCCGCCGCCGGCGAUGGCCGUCGCUGGCCUGCUACUCCGACCUCCUCCGUGCGUCGCCAUGUGCACUCCUUCCCCUUCCCCUUUCCCUUCCUCACAGAGGAGGAGGAGGAGGAGGCUCACGCUCGCUCAGCCCUACUGCACGCUCGGCCUAUCCUUCGUCUCCGGCCGCCACCACCGCUUCCUCCUCCGCCGCCGCCGCCGUACGGAGAGCAAAAGAACAAGUCGUGGAACGGGUGUUUAUGCUUCUUUAUUUGGAGUUGGAGCUCCCGAAGCUCUGGUCAUUGGAGUGGUUGCUCUGUUAGUCUUUGGUCCCAAAGGACUAGCAGAGGUAGCCAGGAAUUUGGGGAAGACUUUGCGUGCUUUCCAGCCAACCAUUAGAGAGCUACAGGAUGUUUCAAGGGAGUUCAGGAGCACUCUUGAACGAGAAAUUGGACUUGAUGAAGUUCCCCCAUCAAUGAACUACAGGCCCCCGACCAUGAAUAAUAGUCAGCAACCUGCUAUUGACCAAAGCUCGGAUGAUAAGCCUGAGGCUGCACCUUACACCAGUGAAGAACUCAUCAAAGUAACUGAAGAACAACUAGCUGCGUCUGCAGCUGCUGCUUGGAAUACUCAAGAACCUCCUCCAUCACAGCAAAAAGAAGCAGCAGCUACUUCUGAAAGUAAUGACGGUGCUAUAUCAAGAGGGAGUGAUGGUGCUGGUGCUGCAAUGAGUGAGCCCAAUCGGAACAUUUCUGAGAAGACGGAAACCGAGAGAUGAAGCAUAACGAUGUAGAGUACUACUGUAUUAAGACUGACGCAAGAACACGCUGUGGAGGUUGGAAAGAGCGGAUUAUGAUUUUUAAUUUGGUGAGCUGGGUAUGCCUGGGUUUGGGUAGGGAGGAGUGAUUUGAGGAUCUGGUCAGCUGUGAUGCAUAUGUGUAGUGUUGCUUUGCUGUGUAGUAGAUCGACUGUAAUAGAAUGGACGGACAGACUGAAAGGUGAUCGUCCCUCUCUUCCUCCGACCUCUUGUUUUGCUAUGGAUGAUACUAGAGCGAGAUUGUACGGUUCACGAUGGAUAGCAGCUGGGACCAAUGCGUAAUUAUUUAAUUAACUGGAAGUUCGGGGACUUUUUUAAAAUA